AUGCGCUUCCUGAGCGAUGACCUUGUUAUUGACCGGACCAACCGAGUCCCUAUGCAAAUCCUAGGAGCCGGGCUCCCACGCUGCGCGACUAGCUCCGUCCAGGCAGCCCUCGAGUCCCAAAACAUUGGCCUCGCUCCUUGCAUGCAUUUUGCCCAUGUUGCACCACACGCUGACCGCAGUGACAUCCUGCUAGCGGCAUUGCAAGAGAAUGACACGGCGCGGCGCCACAAGCUGCUCUUCAAGCUGUUUGACGGCUUUCAAUCUACGACUGACUUCCCCGGCGCCUUGUUUAUGGACGACCUCAUGGACAUGUAUCCGAACGCCAAGAUCGUGCUGAACAAGCGGCCCGGUGGUGGCCCCAAGUGGGAGCAGUCAAUCAAAGUGCUUACCUGGUCUGGAUCCCCCGUUUAUCGGGCCAUCUGCUUCCUGUGGAAGACGGAUCGCAACCUGUAUAAGAUCUGGCAUCUUUUUUUGGAACGCAGCAAAAGCACACUGGGCUUGGCUGAUGACGAACUUCUGACAGCGAAGCAUUACGAUGCGCAUAAUUCCUGGAUUCAUGCCGAAGCAGCUAAGCGCGGUCGGAAGGUCUUUGAAUUUGAGCCUCGAGAUGGAUGGGAGCCAUUGUGUGCGGCUCUUGGCAAGAAUGCGCCGAAGGAUGAGCCAUUUCCUCAUCGUAAUGAUGCUUCGGAGGUUCGAAUGGUGGUGCGGUAUAUGGUGUAG